GAAUGCUACGUGUCUUGGAAGCUGGACGUCCCUUUUUAAACCCCCCUCCGUCUUCCUCGAUUACCACAUUUUGGAGGUUCCAGCUCCCUCAUCCAGGCCUGUCCGAAGCGGUCCGAGUCCCCGGUGUUGCAGCAGUCCUACGGCGGUGUUACUCUCGAAAAAUGUCCGGCGUGAAAAAGCUUCGUACGGAUCUCAACAGGUCGACCAAUGUGGUGUACCAGGCCCACCAUGUCAGCCGCACCAAGAGAGGGCAGGUGGUGGGCACCAGGGGGGGCUUCAGAGGCUGCACCAUCUGGCUCACCGGUUUAUCGGGUGCUGGAAAGACUACUAUCAGUUUUGCCCUGGAAGAAUUCCUCGUGUCCCACGCUAUUCCGUGCUACUCACUGGACGGAGACAACAUCCGCCAAGGGCUGAACAAGAACCUGGGCUUCUCUUCCGUAGACCGCGAGGAGAACAUCCGGCGUAUUGCUGAGGUGGCCAAACUGUUUGCUGACGCCGGGAUGGUGUGCGUCACCAGCUUCAUCUCUCCUUUCAGCAAGGAUCGGGAAGAGGCGAGGAAGAUCCAUGCAGGUGUAGGGCUGCCAUUUUUUGAGGUGUUUAUCAACGCUUCUCUUGAGCUGUGUGAGAGCAGGGAUGUAAAAGGACUUUACAAGAAGGCUCGCGCCGGAGAGAUCAAAGGUUUCACUGGGAUUGACGCAGAUUAUGAGCGUCCUGAGGCGCCGGAUCUUGUGCUGAAAACCGGAGAGCUCACAGUGAACGAGUGCCUGCAUCAGGUGCUGGAGCUGCUCAGGGAGCAGAACAUUGUACCAGGCGAGAUCAUGGAGGAGGUGAAUGAACUCUUUGUUAAAGAGAACAAACUGAAUCUUGCUGUGGCUGACGCGAACACGCUUCCUACCAUCAGCAUCACCAAGCUGGAUCUACAGUGGGUGCAGGUCUUGUCAGAAGGCUGGGCCAGCCCGCUGAAGGGCUUCAUGAGAGAGAGAGAGUUCCUGCAGGUCUUACACUUCGGCAACCUGCUGGAUGGUGGGGCCAUCAACUUGUCAGUGCCCAUUGUGCUGCCUGUUACCUCGGAGAUUAAGCAGCAGCUGGACGGCUGUGCGGCGGUCGCUCUGGAGUACCAGGGUUCACGCGUCGCUAUUCUCAGGAACCCCGAGUUCUACCCACACUGCAAGGAGGAACGCUGCGCCAGGCAGUGGGGCACCACCUGUCCACAGCACCCUCACAUUAAGAUGAUUUUGGAGGGAGGUGAUUGGCUGGUAGGCGGUGACCUGGAAGUGCUGGAGCGAAUCAAAUGGAACGAUGGGCUCGACCAGUACCGCCUUACUCCACAGGAGCUGAAGCAGAAGUUUAAAGACAUGAAAGCAGAUGCGGUAUUUGCAUUCCAGCUGCGUAACCCGGUGCACAACGGCCACGCGCUGCUGAUGCAGGACACCAAGCGCCGUCUGCUGGAGCGCGGCUACAAGAACCCGGUGCUGCUGCUGCACCCGCUGGGAGGCUGGACCAAAGACGACGACGUGCCUCUGGCCUGGAGGAUGAAGCAGCACUCUGCUGUGCUGGAGGAGGGCGUCCUCGACCCCUCCAGCACCAUAGUCGCCAUCUUCCCCUCACCUAUGAUGUACGCUGGACCCACAGAGGUUCAGUGGCACUGUAGAGCCAGAAUGGUCGCCGGGGCAAACUUCUAUAUCGUUGGCCGGGACCCAGCUGGCAUGCCUCACCCGGAGACUAAGCAGGACCUGUAUGACCCCACCCACGGAAGCAAGGUCCUCACCAUGGCGCCGGGCCUAACCUCCGUGGAGAUCAUCCCCUUCAGGGUCGCCGCCUACAACAAGACAAAGCAGGCGAUGGACUUUUACGACAAAGAGAGACAUGCUGACUUUGAGUUCAUCUCUGGCACCAAGAUGAGGAACAUGGCUCGCAGCGGAGACAACCCUCCCAAUGGGUUCAUGGCCCCCAAGGCCUGGAAGGUGCUGGUCGAGUACUACACCUCUCUGCAGAAGGACAAGUAAUCAACCCAGUGACAGCAGCACUGCAUCACUUCUCAAAGGGGGUUAUAUAUACAGUCUACCCUCCAGUGGUGUUCUAGAUUAUUUUAUACAAAAAUACUCAUUUUAAAUUGCUACAAAUAAUGAGUUAUUCUGGCUGGGGGUGGGUGUUUCGAACAGGUCUUCACCAAAUCAAAAGGUUUUGUAUUAUGCAGUUAGAUUUUUACAUUCCUUUAAAACUAUGUGAUUUUUGAAUCCAUUGUAUGUUUAUAUCCAUAUUAACUUAAGCUAUAUAUUUUAAUAAAUUAAAGGUAACUUGAGAUUCUUUUUGUAAUUUAGGAACACAUUCCGGGUCAGGGAAAUCAUUAUCAUAUGAAUUGAGGGAUGCUUGUCUGUCCAGUUCUUUGUAUGACCUGAAUGAAAGAUAGUUGCAGUAUAUUACUACCUACAGUGCCUAUUUGUGUUACAUGUAUGGAUGUUGAUUAAUUCAACAUGUUAAUGUUUCAUACCAUUGUGAAAUACAUCAGAGAUGUUUGUAUAAUGUGAAACUGCCUUUCUCAAAUGUCAACAUUAUAAAACAGAAACUGUUGCUGAUGUUUGCCUGAAGUGUCUGAAAUGUCUCUGAGAUUUGAGUGAUUUUAUAAAGUGGGCAUGUGAAUUCAUGUAAUAAAUACUUUUAGGAAGACAAAUGCAGUAAUAAAGAAAUCUGUUAGUCAUUAUGAAUCAUUGGU